UCGCUGUCUGGAUUGUACCAUUUGAGACUCACAUAGAAGGGAAUCGAGAACAAGCUAAUGCUGAAUUAUCAACCAGAAGGGAAAAUAAGAGGCUCAAAGUAAAGCCCGGCUGGUGAUGAUAAAUGGUGAUAUGACUUAAUUAUGGAAUAAAUGCAGACAAAGGCGGGCAAAAUUGCUCUUUUACAUUUUUGUCAUCUCACAGAAAUACUUGAUAACGAUCGACUUCUUAUAUCCCAGAGCAGCGAAGUCUGAGCCAGGUUGCAUGGCCCAGCUAUGAAGUUAUGAACAUGAGACGUACGUUAAUUUAGUUACAUCUAAUGAUGUCAGAUGUCUGCAUUUAAAAUGGCGGGGGUGUUUAUACACCCGUACUGAAUCCCCAGUCCUUACCAGGGGUGUUUUUGCUGUGUGCAAUCAGUGUCCUCCUUCUCCUCCUCCAGUGUCACUUUGAAUGUCUGCUCACGGCCGGCUCUGGCUUCUGGUUGUUGAAAAGUGCCUUUACUGAAGAAUCUGCUGCUUGGAUUUCUAUCUCGGGCUGUUUUUCCCUUCUUUUGGCUUUACUUAAAGCAGCUUUGGAGACGACAAUUCACCCAUCCUUUAUGUUUUGCUGAACACUCCAUUUUUUUUCCUUCCCUGCAUUUUCCAGGUUCAACAGCUAGUGUUCCCUUCCAUCUUUUUUUCUGCUUCGCUCCAUCUUCAUCUUUGGCUGUUUUACGAUCAGUUAAUGCGCGAUCUUGGGAACAGAAGCGAGAUAUCUUCACCUCCCUCUCCCCAAGAGAAGCAAAGCUUAACUGUAACCAGAAGCACGGAUAGCAACAUAUGCUACGAGAGAAUUAAUCAGAACCAGUCACUGGAGAGAACGGAAUUUCACUGACAGGCUGCUGUCAUCUUUGAGCAAGUUCUUCCCUUGGCACAAAAGGCGAUAUAUUUUUCUGCCAACGCACAUUGAAAGGGGCUAACCUGUUAAUCAAUGCCCGCCAGUUUGUGUGAUGAAUUCUUUUUAAUUUAAGAUUGGCUCUGUGACCAACGUCAUGUAUCUGCACAGUGAUCUGACUAACUGAAAACCUAAGUGCUGAGAAGAAAAAAAAGGAAUAUAUUUUUAACCAAAGGAACAAGUUUAUUUGAGUUAUAAUUUUAACUUACUUUUAUACACAUUUUUCUAAAACUGGUACUGUUCUUGGGGGGAGGGUUGGGAGAAAGAAAGAUAAAGUGGGGGGAUUUCGUUACCCACAUAUCCUUUCAGUUUCCUAAUAUGGCUGUAAAUGUUUCAAUGAUCCGUGACACAAAAUGGCUGACUUUGGAGGUGUGUCGAGAAUUUCAGAGAGGAACUUGUUCUCGUUCUGAUGCAGAGUGCAAGUUUGCUCAUCCUUCACGAAGUUGCCACGUUGAAAAUGGCCGUGUCAUUGCCUGCUUUGAUUCACUGAAGGGGCGUUGUACGCGGGAAAACUGCAAGUAUCUGCACCCGCCUCCACACUUAAAAACGCAGCUGGAGAUCAACGGACGGAACAACCUGAUCCAGCAGAAGACAGCAGCGGCCAUGCUGGCACAGCAGAUGCAGUUCAUGCUGCCUGGUACGCAACUGCAGCCCAUGACCACGUUUCCUGUAACUCCAUCUUUAGCUACAAAUCACACAAUGGGUCUUAAUCCCUACCUGAGUCACAUGACCCAUGGAAUGGGAUUGGUUCCAACAGAACUUCUACCAAACACACCUGUCCUGGUGUCAGGAAAUCCCACUGUUACAGUCCAAGGGAACACAGCUUCACAUAAGCUAAUAAGAACAGACAAAUUAGAGGUUUGCAGGGAAUUUCAGCGUGGGAAUUGUACUCGGGGUGAGAACGACUGCCGCUACGCACACCCAAUGGAUUUGGGAAUGAUCGACUCAAAUGAAAACACAGUUACCGUUUGCAUGGAUUACAUCAAGGGCCGUUGCUCAAGGGAGAAGUGCAAGUACUUUCACCCCCCUGCACAUCUGCAAGCCAAGAUUAAGGCUGCCCAGCACCAGGUGAACCAAACUGCAGCUGCUGCCAUGACUCAGCCAGCUGUCAGAUCACUGAAGCGACCCCUCGAGGCAACCUUUGACCUGGCUCUCCAGCCUGGUGCUCUCCAACCUUUACCAAAGAGGCCAGCACUUGAAAAAACCAAUGGUGCCACCACAGUGUUUAACCCCAGUGUUUUCCACUACCAACAGGCUCUAGCUAAUGUGCAGCUGCAACAACCAACAUUCAUCCCAACAGGCUCAGUAUUGUGCAUGACUCCCACUGCAAGUGUUGUACCCAUGAUGCACGGCGCUACGCCUACCACUGUGUCUGCAACAACAACACCUGCCACCAACGUUCCCUUCGCAGCAACAGCCAAUCAGAUGCCCAUUUUAUCAAUAGAUGAACUCAGUAGCAACAUGUUUGUUACACAGAUGUAGACCUUACGAAUAGAACAGACGUCAGGCUGAAAUACUGAACAGCAAUCUGGUGGAGUACCAGAACAUCUCCUUGGGGAGCUGCACAUGGCCUUUCUGUACAUACUCCCAUCACUUCCCGCCUACCAUCUCUACAGUAAGCCUACCACAGCCUACAUGCUAACCAAAACCAAAAUGAUGGGAAUGUCAAGAAGAAAAACAAAAAGCACUAUAAAAAUGUCAAGUAUAUUUACUUACUCCUGUUAGACACUACGUAUGUGUAGUAAUUAAAUGAGGUAUACUACUUCUUAUAUCUCAUUGCUGUAACACAUUUAUAAUCAAUUCAUGUUAAUAGUGAAAAGCAUUUUCAACGUAUGAAGACUGUUGGUUUAAUGUAUAUUAAUGGAAAUUGGUUAUCUGUCUCAAUUUUUAUGUAAGAGUGUUAUCUUAACUAAAUGUUAAGUUUACAUCAGAAUAAAAAAAUAGUUUUGUUUUUAAGGAAAUGUCUUUCAUGAAACAUAUUCCUCAAUAGCCUCCUAUUUGAUCAUGUUCCCUUUUAACAAAGAAAAAAUGAAUGUCAUUGAGAAACAGGACAAAAAUAAUCAAACUAGUUGAGUCAGCCUGCCGUUACCUGUGUAUCUUCUUUCCAAUUAUGCCUUGUCUGUGUGACAUCAAAUUUUAUAAACUUGUAGUACAGGCAAAUUUGAUGGACAUGUUUUGUAUAGCAAUAUUUUCAGUAUAAAUAUGCAUGCUUCACAACUACACAUUAGCUAGUUAUGAUCAGGGACAUUGCACAGUGCUCAACCGUAUAAAUACUUCAUUGAAAAUCUUACAACAACUUAUAUUAUUACUAUCUGUGUGAACAUAUUACAAAACAAUUCCACUAAUAUUGAAAUGGCAGAUUUGCACUGGCUAACCUGUAGAGUUGGCGAGUCAUGAUAACAGCCAACAUCAGAGUGAAGACUGGCAUUUCUGCUAACGGCAUGCUCCCUAAUAUAAAUAUUUUUGUCCUGUUUUUCCUCCUGAACUGUUGUGAUAAAAUAGGCCUGGCUAUUGUGGAAUAGCCUUGCAUGUGUUUGUGUAUAAUCUCAUGAUAUAGCUGGUCAGAACUACUUCCUUUUCAUUGUGUUCCAGUGCCUCAGAGAGAGCCAGGUGAGUGUCACCAGCCUGAAUGAAUGUUGUGUGCUGACAUGAUUAAAAAAGGGCUGGUUCUUUGAAGCUAAGGCAAAAUAACUUGGCCCAGUCAUUUCUGUGAUUUGCCAUUGAGGUAUGGUAAAGGGAGUUGUUUUUCACUGUGAUAUACCCUAGAGAAGAGCUUUCACUGGCACCCUUGGGCCCUACGCCCUACGCAUGCUUUGACAGCAUUGGUUGGGAUCACAGGAAUAACAAACUUGGCUCAGCAAUGGAAUUUCAAUUAUAAUGGUUGCUCCACAUUAAUUCCCCCUUAAUAGGGUGAAUUGGAGAGCUGUUGGGAAAGGCCAAGGUUAAAACUCGAAAGGAUCUGGGAACUAGUGAGGCAGGGGACACAUCCAGAGUCAGGUAAAACUGACACUGCUUGGGGCAAUUCACACACCCUCCAUUUGGCUCUUCUUACAAUCCUGCUGCACUGUGUAAUGUCCAAGGUGACGCCAUGUGAAAGCUGGGUAUGUAUAAAACCUACUUUGGAUCUCCACUGCAAAUGUAAACCAGUGGUUUUAAUACUGUGUUAAUAGAGGGAGGAGGAAGGUGCUGUUUGAAUGUUAAGAAGUAGAUAACUAGAACAAGUCCAUUCAUUCCAAUGGAAAAUUCAGGCUUGGGUUGAUAAUCAGCAAGUAACAUUCAAACCACGCAAGUGCUAGGCAUGUCUAACAUCUAACUAUCUCCCCAGACAUUCAAUGCUCAUUACCAAAUCCAAUCCAUCAACAUCCUGGAGGGGAGGGCACACCGUUACUGGGGAUAUCUCAAAUAAAAAGUAUGGCUAAGAAAACAGAGUGACUCCUCAUCUGACUCUCCAAAGCCUUUCCACCAACUACCGAUCAUAAGUCUGGAGGCUAAUGGAAAUCUCCCACACUCAAGAAGCUCAACAAUAACGACUGCUGGCUCUCCACCCACCACCCUACACAUUAACUCUCUCACGGUGGCUGAGACAUCCACCAUCAAACUGAGAACGAUAAAGGCAGCUGGAGCAAUGCAAACGCACCCCCUGCUGGUUCCCCUCCCAAUCACACUCAAUCCUGGUUUGAACAUUGUCACUGGGACAAAUCCUGAAACUCCCCACCGAUUUAUCACAGACAUUUCAAGUGAGUGAAUCAACAUCACUUCCUCAAGGGCCUUUAGCUUUGUGUAAUAAAUGCUAGUCUUGCCAGCGACCAUUUCUCUUGGAUGAAUAUUAUGUAAGGAAUAAUCCUCUGAACUGAAUAUCUAACCUUCAUUCACACUGCCACUUCCCCAUCCCAAAUGCAGGAGAAUGUAAAUUCGGAUAUUAAAAUAACUUCUCAAAAAAGGAAGGUCAGAGCUUUUCAUUAAUAAGUACCAUGGAGAUUUUUAUAGUAGUUUAGUGAGAUGCCACAGAUGUUUUAAUAUCGCCGGCAGAUUACAAAAGAGAGAUUUAAAAGGAACGUAAUAAGCUCAAGUCACUAGUGUCGCCAAAUAAAAAGGAAAAUGUGCAAAAAAUGCCACUUUUAAAGCCGCACUACUAAGAAAAACAAUAUUAAAUGUGCAAUCAGUUAUUCCAGUGAUUUAACUAAAAGGAAGUCGCUAGACUAUAAAAGUCAUUAGCUCAUAUACAUUCUUCAUUAUAGUCACAUUGUCUAAGAGUGACUCUAAAUAAAAAGUUCCUGCUCCAAGGAAUCAUUUCUUUGUAUCACAUAAAUGGAUGGGCUGUUCUCUGGUACCAGUUACCAUUAGUCUCAGUCCCCAUUCAAUUUUAAGUCACCUUAUCACUAAACCAUCUCUUUCACAUUAUCCAUUUUUGUUCUUCUUUUCUUUAGUUCUCUCAGCCUUAUGCAAAUGAUAUGCAAGAAAUCCUGAGUCUUGGAUAAAACGGGUCACACAAAGAAAAGUGGGAAGAAAGAGAGUUGAGGACAGAAACAGGGAAUUUUCUAGAUAGGCUGGAUAAGAUAUUAAUCUUCACCACAAGCGCAUCACAAAGCUAGUUUAAUGACAGUAAUCAGAAUAGUGCUUUGAAGCCACUGAAAUGGUUAUAUUAAUUGGGAAAUUCAUUGUUAACAGCCAUAUGUUCCUUUAACUACUUGGAAAUUUUAGUUCAUGUAGUUUGCAGCGUCUCUUGGUGAAUCUGACAGGAUUAUAUAGUACUAAAUUACUUCAUUCUUGUGUGUUUCACAGUAAAUGUAUGCUGAGAAUGAAAAAUCUAUGGAGAAAAAAAUUCCAUUCCUCUCAGAAGGAUCAGCAAGAUAAUGAUAUAAUUAAACUGCGUGCCUGUGAUAGGCCUUAGAUGCUAUAGUGGUUUCAAUGAUAUAAUCUUUAGAAGUUUGAGCCAAUAAUCUCAAUAUAAGUACAUAACAGCACACAAUAUAGUAUCAGUGAUAAGACUCAAAUCUAAAUAUUUCACUUUCUAACCCUGAUUGCUGUAGUUUCUCAACUUUUUAUGUUGAUUGCUUAGUUUUAAUUGCAGUCAGUUAGAAACUAAUAAUUUAAAUCUGAGGGACUGUUAAAAGAAGUUUGGUUUUAACAUUUGUAUUUGAAAGCAUUUAUUAAUUCAUUAAAAGUCAUUUAUUUUAAUGCUAACCUUCACUGGGAUAUGGUAAAAGUUUAAUACAAUACAUACCUAGUUUAUGUAGUUUACAUUUUAGUACAAAAUUAACUUUGUAUGUAACUCUUACAAUGAUAGAUUCAUUGUUAACUAAUUAUGAUAUUGAGUUGUUGCUAUGGCAACAAAACUACAACAUGGCUACCUUUGUAUAAAUUAUUUGUGAAUUUUCACUUGUAAUUUAAAAAAAAUGUACAUCGGCAUGAACUUAAAAAAAGGUACAGUUAGACACACUCAGGCAAAAUAUCCUUUGACUAUCUUAAAUACCCAAAGUUCCACUCAAAACGUACAUGACCUGAAUCUGUGUCUGUACAUUUUAUUUCUCAGUCAAAGUGGUUUACAACACAUUGAGGUAGAACCGGGUUUUAUAACUAGAAAGAGUGGUAAGGUGUUGUAAAGUACACUGUGAAGAAUCUGAGAUUGCUGCAGUUUAACGGAUUUGACCUGUUAGUGUGUGAUUGUGUGUGACACAUCUUUUUUUUGCACUUAUGUACAUAGUUAUUGAAAGAAAAGAAAUCAGAUCUUAUUUUGAAUAAAAAAAGGAUUGUGUUAAAUACGGGAAAGUUUGUUACGGUAAAUAAGUUUGGCAUUGCUAAUAGUUUGGGGGAAAAUAAAGGAAAGGAGGAAUGGUUUUUGCUAUAAACACUUAUCCACAAGCAUGACGGCGCUGUGCUGUUAAGAAAAGCUUUGUAGUUCUGCCAUAGCUUUACUGUGUAAUGAACGGUUCGAGAGGCUGAAACCAAACCCUCAGCAGCCUGAUGUUAUCCUACUGUUGAAAUACUCUAAACUGUAAAACAAAGAGAAAUUAGCCAUCAACACACAAAAUAAAACAGAAAACAAAGCAACUCAUGUUACACUGAUCUGAAAGGUCCAAGUUCUACAAUACUGUACACAGACGCACUCUCACGGUGGAAGCCUGAUUUUGUUGCCAUGGCUGCUUUUUGGUAGCAGCUGAGGGAUGAGAGACGUUUUUUUUUCUGGGUCACCAUAAGCAUCUGUAAAUGGGGACAUGUGCAGUUGUUCAUUUAAGGUGCAUUCUGUCACUUUAUACCCAGCGCUAGAGGGACUUUUCUGUUGUGCAUCUGAAGCUCCAAUUAAUUUGAAAUCUCUGACAUGUAUGUGCGUGUGUGUGUGUGUGUGUGUGUGUGUGUGUGUGAGAGAGAGAGAGAGAGAGAAAGAUUGUUUCUGCGACGAGUUAGAAUGUGACUACACCCUUGCACUUUAUUUAAUACCACUCCUCCCCACCUUUCACAGCUCAGAGUACAUGAACUGAUUUGCUGUGAAUGUAACGUUUCCCCUUCAAAGCAGUGGUCCCCAAAUCGCACAGAAGCUGAAGCUGUUCAUUCCCUCAACUGCUACAAGCAAGACAGUAGCUUUGAAUUUCUUUUCUCUUUAGAUUGCUGCCAGAUUAGCUUGCUAUAGUGCUUGUAUGUGCUUUAGAAAAAAUGUGCUGUAUGCUACAUAUUUCAGUAUUUUACCUUUUGCCAUUGAUUAAUUUCUGACCUUUUAAAAAAUAAAGUGCUUAAAAUGGUUA